CAUACAACACAUGCAAAUCCAUUCUCCAAACAUUUUGCUCUCUUUUUUCGAAUCCCAAAGUCCACUCUCGACACAUCUCCCCACAAAACUCUACUGUUUAUCAGCUAGAAAAAAAAACGGCUAUGACUCGACGCCUAUUUCAUCAAUAAUCCGAUCACUUAUUUCUCACAAAUCCAAGUAUAUCUGCAAGGGUAAAUAUAUUUUGGAAGAAAUAGAUUUGCAAUGUCACUGUCAAAGCCUUCGCAGAUUAUCCUUGACAUUGUUGGUGCUUAUUUCAGUAGUUUGUACACAAAUCCCAUCCGGACGAAGGCUAUUACUAGCGGGCAAUUAUGCAUCCCAGAGAAUACUGGGAGUUAAGGAGAUCAAUCAUGACAGCCUUCUCGCUUUUGGAUUAUUCGGAUUGUUGUUUGGGGGACCAGUGCCUCAUUUCUUUUAUAAGUAUAUUUAUUUCGUGACGAGACAUCCUCUGGGGAUACUGCUUGCUGAGAGGUUGAUCUAUGCCCCUCUUUUCCAGGGAUUCGCGCUGUAUAUGCUAGCUAGACUCGAGGGGAAAUCUCACGAAGACUCCUACAAGAACAUGGAGAAGCUGUACCUGCCAAUUCUACUCGCAAAUUACAAAUAUCUGACUCUCCUGCAAUUCAUCAACAUUCGCUACGUCCCACCAAUGCUGCGAGUUCUCGUCGUCAAUUUCAUCGGAUUCGCAUGGGCAAUUUACCUCGCAAAUGCUCGUGCCAAAGCCUCGACCAAACGGAGAGAUUGAUCAUCAAUUUACGAUGAGAAAAUGAAAAUUGCAUUCCACAAUUUUUCACAUUUCCCACUGUUAAAUCACAAAAUAAUAAAUUUCCAAUGGUUUUUCUUUAUUAUCGUGAA